AUGGUUUUCAAUCCUACAAGUCCUAUUCGUGCCUUUGGCCGUAAACCCGUCAUUGUCGCCAGGACUGCCACGCCCUCAAGCGCAAUCGUGGCCGCUGAGAAGGACUCCACAAUGUCGCCCGCAGAAAUACCACUCUCCUCAUCUCCUUUGACAGGAUGGCGGGGGGGAGUCUCGCGUCUCAUGCGCCAGUCUCAAGAGCGACAUGCCCCUCCACCCGAGGUCAGCCGCUGGUCCAAGACCACGACAGAAUCCGAAGCCUCGGAAUCAAUACAGCCACCAGUGUCCAAGAAGUCCAAUGUUCUGAAGAAGAAAAAUGGCAAACAGGCCAGACUGUCCAAGGACACUACAAAUUCGAGUCCGGUCGACCCAUCCUACGAUCCUACAACUAAGACUUUGCAUCCAAUCGGCGACAUUGAGAUGCCACCGGUUGCGGUAACAGGCCCGGAUGAACCACGAUCGUUUUACGACUCUGGCUCUGAUGAAUCGAGUGACAAUGAACACAUUAUUCACCGAGCAAGCAGCGUGCGAGUCGCCCGACCACACAUUAUCCAGCAUAGCAAUGCUUCCGGCGGAUCUGUGCCGAAGCUGUGUCCCUCUCAAGCCUCCACUUCAAACGAGGGGCCAUCAACAACAGAAGCAUCGUCAACAGACAUCACAGAACUCAAGAAGCUACAAAAUAUGGCAGCAACUGCGGAGCAACGACAGAAGAACAAUAUCUCAGGCACGCCAGCGGAUGCACUGAAAGCAUUGGAAGGUCAGGGGUCAAACCAUGAAAGUACAACCGCCUCCACAGAAACAGAGUCGCAAGCAACUACAGCCACAAGCUCUUCGCAGACCAAUCCCAUCAAUGAAACCAUCCUGGAAUUCCCAGAAACUCCAAGCAAGCUUGAGGCCCUGGACACCCUUCCCACCCCGUUCGGUGGGUUUGGCUCAGUCCGGAUACCGAGCAGUACCAACACCAACACCGACACCACCUACUCUAGCAGCACGUACGUAUCGCCCGAGUCAAUUGACGGGCUCAGAGCGAACCCUGUCACGGAGACGGACAAAAAGCUGUCCCGGGCCAUUUCUGCUCCGGUAAGAAACCCCGUACGCCGCGUCAUGAUCCGCCCUGCCGACCUGGUCAUCAAUCGGACCAACAACGACCCCAAGCUAUUCCGUGAAUCAAUUGUCAGCACGCCCUACCCAGCUCGACACAGCAGCAUUGGCGAAAUCGACGAGGUACAGGCACCACCCCAGGAGGGCAGAACGCCUCGGUCAUUGCGUCGAGCCAAGCCACUGUCUCACCGGAAAGAAAACGAGUCUGCAGCAGACGAGAAGGAAAAAUCUUCUCGGAACACACAGCAGCCCCCUGAAGUGCCCCUCUCAACAAAACCGCUACCCUCAGCGCCAGUGACUUCGCGCUCCGAUCGAUUCCCGUCUCCAGUUGCGCCAGAGAUACUAUUCCUCGACCUCCGCCUUGCGCGUCACCCUUCUGCCCGAGUCACGGUUGAGAUUGAAGUCAGUGACAAAACAACAUUCGACGAUGAAGCCCUGUUCACGACCAUUCGAGAAGCGUACAACGACCGACUCCUCGGCUUUAUCCGCAGAUUUCUGUCGGCUCGAACACUCUCGUACGCCAGUGUGGCGAGGAGUAACAAGGACAACGGCACGAGCACGCCGACUUCGAGCAACUCAAUCAGCGGGACACCAGGUCUGCGAGGGUUCGGACUCGGAUACUGGCACGGGCAGACGUCGAUCGUCGAGAACGUCACCGGGACUGCGGUGCCUGAAAUCGACGGUCUCGACUUCAUCAAGCAUCUGCUGCGACCACGGCUCGGACGUCGCAGGAAAAUGUGGCUUCUCUGGCUGCGCAACAGCCAGUACACUUUGGAAUCAUUCGCGCGACGAUCCCGUCCGCUGAUGACCAUGAUUCCACCGUCUUCGUCAUCAAUGUACAGUCCACACGCAGCCGACGAUAAUGGCCACAGCCCGGUGUAUUCGUUCAUGCAUUCGCGGCAAGGCAGCAGUGGACAGGGCGAUCCUAUCGACGGCAACGACCUUGCGACGACUUUGAAUACCAACACCAACGCUGGGACCCGUGCUCCUUCGGUUUCCGGAGGACUCGGGCGAACUCCCACCGUCACUAUCCCCCGAAUGCCCUUCCAGCCAUCUACUACUACGGCGGCUGCUGCUCCCUACCGGUCCAAAUCCACGGCAGAGACAACCGGUCGUCGAUACGGACCUCACGGCCACCACACAGCCGGGGCCGGUCCACCAACACUCUAUUUACAUUACACAUUUUCCAUACGCAAGAUCUUGGCCAUGUUGUGUAUCAUCUUCUUCAUGGCCGUCUUUACUGCCACCAUGUGGAUCCUGUUCGGUGUGCCUGGCCGUGGAGCCGAUCAGGGCAACGGCCUGACAGAGGUUGAGGGCAAGGCAUAUACCCUUAGCUGGAGACGGGAUGCGCAGAGCCGCGUCGGUGUCGGUCUCGUGCUGGGUAUUGUGGUGUUGGGUCUGGGCUUGGUCACUGAGCUGGUGUGGGUUUGGGCUACUUGGAUUCUGGUGUGA